GACUGCACACGUAUCACAAUAUUAUUAGCUUCUAAUGCUAUUGGAACUGAUAAGUUGCAACCACUUGUAAUCGGAUCUAAAACUUUGAAUAAAAAAUUCUGUCUUGAAAAUCACCAAAUUUUACUAUUAAUAGAUGGUGCCGCAUGUCACUUUGAUCCAAAUAAAACAACAGCCAAUAUACUAAGUAAUGCACAAGAUACAUCUGAUGAUGAAGAAUCUACCAAUCAGCAAGAUAGUGCACGGAGUAAUAAGAGAGCAAGAAGUAGUCUGGGAAAAUGUGGCAAAACUUGCAAGAGUAGAAAAACCAGCAUCUUGUCUUCGGUAUCUGCUAAUGAAAUUGAGAAUGAUGUAUAUCAAGAGUCUAUUAAGCAAGAAGAAAAUCAAGUUGAUAACUUAGUUUAUGAUUUUACUAUUCAAAAUAUGGAUUUAUUUGUUGAACAAGAUUUUAAAAAAUUUUUGAAGAUUAAUAAUAGAUAUGUAUCUACGAAUGAGAAGCUUGAUGAUGAGCAAAUUGUGAAAAUUAUUUUGGAACAGAAUGAACAAGAACAAGAUGAUCCUGAUGAUACUGAUAAAGAGUCAGUACAAGUUUCAAUUUUAGAAGGGUUAAAUGGGUUAAAAACUUUUAUUGCAUUUUUUGAACAACAAAUAAAUGUGCUAAUUUUGAUACUAAUGAUUUAA